AUGGCAAAGAAAGGAAAGAAAGGAGCUCAGGCUGGAGGAGAUUUUUGGGAUGAUGAGGAAAUGGCUCAAGAUCAACCGCAGGCUGAAGAAUUUGGUACAUCUGCAGAACCAGAAUCUCAAGAAGCAUCCGCAGAGGACGUCAGUGGCGAUUUGCUAAGUUCUAUUCGUAAGACUAAACAGAAGAAAGCUGAAAAACAAGAAAAUGAAAAAGCAAAUGCCAACAACGGAGAUGCUCCAAAAUUGUUAUCGAAGAAAGAAAAGGAAAAGUUGAAGAAGGAAGCUGAAAAGCAAAAGAAGAAAGAGUUGGCUCAAAAAAAGAAAGCCCAACAAGCAACAAAGAAGGAACAAAUCAAAGAGGCUAAUAAGCAAAAUGCUACUGGUGCUGCAACUGCAUCUUCAGCAUCAGCUACCCCUGAACCAGAGGAGAAUAAGUCUCUGGCAGCAUCUGAACAAAGCGAAGCACCUAAGGCAAAACCUGCAAAGAAAGGUAAAAAGGCACCUGCUGGGCUUGCUGCUUUGAAAAAACAAUUGGAAUUGAAGAAACAAUUGGAAGAAGAACAGCGUAGGUUAGAAGAAGAAGAGGAACAGCGCAGAUUGGAAGAAGAGAGACUUGCAGCUGAAGAAGAAGCUAAAAAGGAAGCUGCCCGCGCUGCUAAGAAGGAGCGUGAAAGAUUGAAGAAAGAGCAAUUGAAAGCUGAAGGUAAAUUAUUGACCAAGAAGCAAAAAGAGGAAAAGAAAUUGCAAGAGCGUCGUCGUCAACAAUUAUUACAGGCUGGAAACGUUUCAGUUGCUGGGUUGAACAAGACAGAGGAAGAUGGGGCACCAAAACCGAAAAAAGUUGUCUACACAAAGAAAAAAUCCACAAAGCCAAAGACUUUUAUCCAAAAGCCAGUUCAAUCUAAAGCUCCUGUGAAGAAAGAAGAUGACGAAGAUGAAGCCUUGGUAGACGAUUGGGAAAAGAUGGCAUUGGAUGACGAUGUUCCGGUUGCCGAUGAUUGGGAAGCUACACUUGCCGACGAAGAGAAUGAAGGUAAAGACAAUGAAGAUGCUGAAGAAGAGGAAGAUGAAGAUGAAGACAGUGUUACUAAGGAAGAACAAGAAAAGAAUGCCAAAGAAGAGGCUGCUAGAAGGGCCAAAGAAGAAUCUGAAAGAAAAGCCAAGGAAGAAGCAGCACAAGAAGAAGUAAAAUCCAAACAAUUGGCUGCUCAAAAGAAGGCCGCUCCUCCAUCUGAAAAGGAUUUGCGUUCUCCAAUUUGCUGUAUUUUGGGGCAUGUCGAUACUGGUAAAACCAAAUUAUUGGACAAGAUCCGUCAAACCAACGUUCAAGGAGGUGAGGCUGGUGGUAUUACCCAACAAAUUGGUGCUACAUAUUUCCCAGUUGAUGCUAUUAAACAAAAGACUGCUGUCAUGGCCAAAUACGAAAAGCAAACAUUUGAUGUUCCCGGUUUGUUGAUUAUUGAUACUCCUGGGCACGAGUCUUUCACCAACUUAAGAUCUCGUGGUUCUUCAUUAUGUAAUAUUGCGAUUUUGGUUAUUGAUAUUAUGCAUGGUUUGGAACAACAAACAUUAGAGUCUAUACGAUUGUUGAGAGAUAGAAAAGCUCCAUUCGUUGUUGCUUUGAACAAGAUCGAUCGUUUGUACGAUUGGAAGGAAAUCCCAAAUAACUCUUUUAGGGAUUCAUUUGCUAAGCAAACUAAAUCAGUUCAAGCUGAAUUUGAAAACAGAUAUGAACAAAUCAAAUUAGCUCUUGCAGAACAAGGUUUGAACUCAGAAUUGUAUUUCCAAAACAAAAACAUGUCUAAAUACGUUUCCAUUGUUCCUACAUCUGCUGUUACUGGUGAAGGUGUUCCUGAUUUGUUAUGGUUGUUGCUUGAAUUGACCCAAAAGAGAAUGUCUAAACAAUUAAUGUAUUUGUCUAAAGUAGAGGCCACUAUUUUAGAAGUCAAGGUAGUUGAAGGUUUUGGAUACACUAUUGAUGUUGUUUUGUCGAACGGUAUUUUAAGAGAAGGUGACCGCGUGGUAUUGUGUGGAUUAAAUGGUCCGAUAGCGACUAAUAUCAGAGCCUUAUUAACACCGCCUCCAUCGCGUGAAUUGCGUAUCAAGUCUGAAUAUGUCCAUCAUAAGGAAGUCAAGGCAGCUUUGGGGGUUAAAAUUGCUGCAAAUGAUUUGGAAAAGGCCGUUGCUGGUUCCCGUUUGCUUGUGGUGGGAGAAGAUGAUGAUGAAGAUGACUUGAUGGACGAAGUUAUGGAUGAUUUGACUGGAUUGUUAGACUCUGUUGAUACAUCCGGUAAAGGUGUGGUUGUUCAAGCAUCUACAUUAGGUUCUUUGGAAGCUUUGUUAGAUUUCUUGAAGGACAUGAAGAUUCCAGUUAUGUCUAUUGGGUUGGGUCCAGUCUAUAAGAGAGAUGUGAUGAAAGCUUCAACAAUGUUGGAAAGAGCACCAGAGUUGGCAGUUAUGUUAUGUUUUGAUGUCAAAGUUGACAAAGAAGCAGAACAAUAUGCUGAUGAGCAAAACAUAAAGAUUUUCAAUGCUGACAUCAUUUAUCAUUUGUUUGAUUCGUUCACUGCUUAUCAAGCUAAGUUAUUAGAAGCUCGUCGUAAAGAGUUUAUGGAAUACGCUGUUUUCCCAUGUGUUUUGAAGACUAUUCAAAUUAUCAACAAGAGAAACCCAAUGAUCAUUGGUGUGGAUGUUGUGGAAGGUGCUGUACGUAUCGGUACUCCCAUUUGUGCUGUUCGUACCGAUCCAACCACCAAACAACCUAACAUUAUGGUAUUGGGUAAGGUCGUUUCCUUGGAAGUCAACCACAAACCUUUGGAAUCUGUCAAAAAAGGUCAAACCGCAGCUGGUGUUGCCAUGAGAUUGGAAAAUCCAUCUUCUGCUCAACCAACUUGGGGCCGUCACGUUGAUGAAACCGAUAACUUGUACUCAUUGAUCAGUCGUAAGUCUAUUGAUACAUUGAAGGACCCAGCUUUCCGUGAAAGUGUUUCCAGAGAUGACUGGUUGUUAAUUAAGAAAUUGAAACCAGUGUUUGACAUCAAAUAG